UUCCCCAUUGGGCCACUGGAGGGCGAAAGACACACCUUAUAGAGGAGGCCGAGAAGGAAAUGACAUCAUAGAACCUUGCUUGUCUGGGACACUGCACUCGCUCUCCUUAACCCCUGGGACUCCGCAAGGGGCGGAGAGGCUGCGGGAGAGAUCCAGACGUGCUCCGGAUACAGAAACUGGAAGCCAUUUGAAAUCCUUCCAAGCCAAAAUUUUCUCUUGGGGGAAAAAAACAAGAGCGGAGUCACUUGGAGGGAUCAGAGUCCUGAGGCACCAGAAAUGGUCCUGUGAAGGAAAAGGCAUCUGGAGACCCAGAAGAGUCCUUGGAGCCAUUUGGAGUUGCUGUGCAGGAGAGAGAAAGGAUGGAGACACAACCUUUGGGAAAGGAGGGAGCCGGAAAAAGCCUUUCAGCUGCUCAGCCUGGGAAGCUCUGGACAAGGACUGGGCAGAAGAUCCUGGAGGAGGAAACCAUCCUCCCUUCAGAAGUUCAGACCUGGAAUUUCAUCCAAUACUGGGAGGCUGAGGGUCCCCGAGGACUUUGCAGCCGACUCCAUGACUUUUGCAGGCGAUGGCUGAGACCAGAAAAGCACACCAAAGCCCAGAUGCUGGACCUGGUGGUUCUGGAGCAGCUCCUGGCUCUUCUGCCCCCAGAGAUGGAGGGCUGGGUGAGGGAAUGUGAAGCAGAGACCAGCUCCCAGGCAGUGGCCCUGGCUGAAGGCUUCCUCUUGAGCCAGGCGGAAGAGCAGAAGGAGCAGGUCGAGUUGCAGUGCUGCACUGUGGAGAUAAGAGAUCCCGAGGGAAAGAAAAAUCCAUCAAAUCCCCCUCAGGAGCUAUUUUUCAAGAGGAUCCCUUGGGAAGAUCAAAGUCAGGACACUUCAGGAGAGGAACAAAGAAUGAAGUUUUCUGGUUUUUACGAUGGAGCUCAAACAGUAGUUGAACUUCCAAAUCAAGCAGCCUAUGAUUGUGUUGGGGCUUCAUGGCAACUGUAGCACACUGCUGACUCAUGUUUAAGUGAUUGUCCACUAGUACUCCAAGAUCCGUGUUG